CUGCGGCUCUGAGCCGAGCAGCGGGCCUGGCCGGAUGCGGAGGGAGUCCCCUUGGUCCCUGAGGCCCACAGAUAGCUUCUUUCGGAACCUGUUAAAGUGGACAAGUGCUGAGUGAAGCCUUGUGCAGCCCCUUCAACUUGCCUUUGUUGUUCUUUGGUAUUGGCAGAGACGCUCUGACGAAGACGAGUGUGUGAUCUUGCAUUUUAGCCUGGUUAGGUACAAUGGAGCUAAUCGAAUUUUGCUUUCUAUUUGCCUAGCCGAUCGGAUGAGUAUGGGGUUUUCCAGAGUCUAACUUAUUACUAUAUUUUUUAAAGUAGUUGUGUUUGUUUCUAAAAUUUAAAAAAAAAUUAGGCGGAGCCUUAAAGCAUGUUUUGCUGCGUCGGGGUGAGUUUCUCUUUCUUGGGGUUUGUUCAUUAAAUAUUGACCAUUCGUAGAACCUGUGAGCUCUUUAAACAUGAUACUUUAAUUUGUAGAUGUGGCAGUGAAGCUUCAGAUUCUGUAGUCCUUUGGGAGGCAGUGAUGCAGAAGCGUCAGGAAGGAGAAGUAGUUGCGUGCUGCCAUGUGCCAGGCAGGGUUCCACAGUAGGUUAUGAAUUCUGGCCUUAGAAGUUGUUUUUAUUAUUACUAUUAUGAGGUUAUUAAUAGUGACGUAUACUGAGCACUUGGUAUGAGGAGUCCUGGAGAGGGCUCGUUUUGCUCAUCAAGGGAGUGGGAGAAUAGUAACAUUGACUUACACAGACCGUAUGUAAUAGGUAGCAAAAGUAACACUACUGUGUCCCAGAGUUACUCAGUAUUAUUUAUCUUCUCCUUUUGCUAAGAAAGAUUUAAAUUUUGGUGAGCUGUUUGCUUAUUCAACUUUGUAAAAUUGUGUAACUCCCCCUUCCUUUUAGCAAUUGUUACUCAAAUCUCCCUUUCUGUAAUUCAUUGUUAUCUACUAACAUGUUUAAAUUUUUAAAGUUUUAAUUUUUACUGAGUUUUAAGCCAUAGCUUUAUAUUAUCUCAGCUAAGUUAAAAAUCCUUUGAAGAGACUGUUGGUGGAGAUAUCAAAUAUUGUAUCUCCCUGUAAUAGUCUAAGUGGCAAAUAAAGAGAGGGUGGAGGUAUUAAGUAUUGUAUCUCCAUGUUAUGAUCUAAGUGGACAAAGAAAAAAGUCUUUGCUAAACUUAGAUUUUUGUGUUAGAACUGAAAACCCAGGUCUACUGUGUCAGGAUUUUGGCUACAGGACUCAACUUGAUGUAGAAGAGAAUGGACUGCUGAAUUCCAAAGUAUUUGAGAUCCAAUAGUAGAACAUCACUCUGCCACUCACUCCUUUAUCUUUUACUAGUUAUUUAAAAACAACUCUUAAUACCCUACCAGCUGCGCAUCAGACACACAUGGUGCAUUGUUGCCAUUCCCCGGAUUACAUCUUUGAAACACAGACUCUUAAUAAUCUUCAAACAAAGAGACAACCUCCUGGGAACGUUUACUGCGAGGGUGUCACCCUGACUGCCCUCUAACUUUCGCUGGAUUUGAAUUUCACCAUGGAGCCUCGCAUGGAGUCCUGCCUGGCACAGGUGUUGCAAAAGGAUGUUGGUAAACGACUGCAGGUUGGCCAAGAACUUAUAGACUAUUUCUCAGACAAACAGAAGUCUGCUGACCUCGAGCAUGACCAGACCAUGUUAGACAAACUUGUGGAUGGACUUGCUACUUCUUGGGUGAACUCUAGCAAUUACAAGGUGGUUCUCCUGGGGAUGGACAUCCUGUCUGCGCUGGUUACCCGGCUGCAGGAUCGGUUCAAGGCGCAGAUCGGCACAGUGCUGCCAAGUUUAAUAGACAGACUGGGAGAUGCUAAAGACUCCGUGAGGGAGCAAGACCAGACCCUGCUGCUAAAGAUCAUGGAUCAAGCUGCUAGUCCCCAGUAUGUGUGGGACCGAAUGCUGGGAGGCUUCAAGCACAAGAAUUUCAGGACUCGGGAAGGCACGUGUGUCUGCCUUGUUGCCACACUUAAUGUCUCUGGAGCACAUACUUUGACACUAAGCAAGAUUGUGCCACAUAUAUGUAAUUUACUUGGAGAUCCAAACAGCCAGGUUCGAGAUGCAGCAAUAAACAGCUUAGUGGAAAUCUACAGACAUGUAGGAGAACGUGUGAGGGCAGAUCUGGGUAAAAAAGGACUGCCGCAAUCCCGAUUGAAUGUAAUUUUUACAAAAUUUGAUGAAGUCCAAAAAUCUGGAAACAUGAUACAGUCUGCAAAUGAUAAAAAUUUUGAUGAUGAAGAUUCUGUGGAUGGUAACAGACCUUCCUCUGCUAGUUCUACAUCAUCCAAAGCUCCACCAACCUCACGGAGAAAUGUUGGAAUGGGGACUACCCGUCGGCUUGGAUCAUCCUCUCUCGGAUCCAAGUCUUCAGCUGCAAAAGAAGGAGCUGGUGCUGUUGAUGAAGAAGAUUUUAUUAAAGCCUUUGAUGAUGUACCUAUAGUGCAGAUUUAUUCCAGCCGAGACCUUGAGGAAUCUAUAAACAAGAUUAGGGAAAUACUAUCUGAUGAUAAACAUGAUUGGGAGCAAAGAGUAAAUGCGCUAAAAAAGAUUAGAUCUUUACUUUUGGCUGGUGCUGCUGAGUAUGAUAACUUCUUUCAACAUUUGCGACUUUUGGACGGAGCCUUUAAACUAUCUGCUAAGGAUCUGCGGUCUCAGGUAGUGCGGGAGGCUUGUAUCACGUUGGGGCAUCUAUCAUCAGUUCUGGGGAAUAAAUUUGACCAUGGAGCCGAAGCCAUUAUGCCAACUAUCUUUAAUUUAAUUCCAAACAGUGCCAAAAUUAUGGCUACUUCCGGUGUUGUAGCUGUUAGGUUAAUCAUUCGGCACACGCACAUUCCUAGGCUAAUACCUGUCAUAACAAGCAACUGUACCUCUAAGUCUGUUGCAGUUAGAAGACGCUGUUUUGAAUUUUUAGAUUUACUUUUACAAGAAUGGCAAACACAUUCACUGGAACGACAUAUAUCAGUAUUAGCCGAAACAAUAAAGAAGGGAAUACAUGAUGCCGAUUCUGAAGCAAGAAUAGAAGCUAGAAAGUGUUACUGGGGUUUCCACAGUCACUUCAGCAGAGAAGCAGAGCACUUAUACCACACCUUGGAGUCCUCCUACCAGAAGGCCCUGCAGUCCCACUUGAAGAACUCGGACAGCAUUGUGUCUUUGCCGCAAUCUGAUCGGUCAUCUUCUAGCUCUCAAGAGAGUCUGAAUCGGCCGCUCUCUGCCAAAAGAAGUUCUACUGGAAGUACCACCUCCAGAGCUUCUUCAGUCAGUACCAAAUCUACAUCAACAACUGGAUCCCUCCAGCGAUCUCGAAGUGAUAUAGAUGUAAAUGCAGCAGCUAGUGCCAAAUCCAAAGCCUCCUCAGCUUCAGGAGCUACACCCUUCAGCUCUGCAGCAGCUUUACCUCCAGGGUCAUAUGCAUCCUUAGAGUCCAGACACAUGAGGGAAGAUGUGGAAUCAGUAGGCCUUGAUUCAGAUGGUACUGCCACUAAAGCAGAGGGUCGGAUUCGCACAAGACGACAAAACUCUGGGAGUGCCACCAAUGUUGCUUCUAUACCUUCUGAUAAUCGAGGCCGCAGUCGUGCUAAAGUAGUUUCACAGUCCCAGCGAUCCAGAUCUGCUAAUCCUGCUGGUGCUGGCAGCCGGUCAAGUUCCCCAGGGAAAUUGUUGGGAAGUGGUUACAGUGGCCUUGCUGGGGGUUCCUCAAGAGGCCCAUCUGUGACAUCCUCUUCAGAAAAACGAAGCAAGAUACCCAGGAGUCAGGGAUGUAGCCGAGAAACAAGUCCAAACCGAAUAGGAUUAGCACGGAGCAGCCGUAUCCCUCGACCCAGCAUGAGUCAGGGGUGCAGCCGCGAUACCAGCCGUGAGAGCAGCCGAGAUACAAGCCCUGCUCGGGGCUUCCCUCCACUGGCCUCUCGACGUCAUUCCAGGUCCACUAGUGCUCUCUCCACUGCUGAAUCUGUUGGGCAGUCAGACCGGUUUGGGUUUGGCCAGGCAGGAAGAAUACCUGGUUCUGUGAAUGCCAUGCGUGUUUUAAGCACAAGUACAGACCUGGAAGCUGCUGUUGCUGAUGCUUUGCUGUUAGGAGACUCCAGGAGCAAGAAGAAGCCUGUGAGGAGGAGAUAUGAGCCGUAUGGGAUGUAUUCUGAUGAUGAUGCCAAUAGUGAUGCCUCAAGUGUUUGCUCUGAGCGCUCAUAUGGUUCCAGGAAUGGUGGCAUUCCCCAUUAUCUACGGCAGACUGAGGAUGUAGCAGAAGUUCUCAACCACUGUGCUAGUUCAAACUGGUCAGAAAGGAAAGAAGGGCUUCUAGGCCUGCAGAACUUACUGAAGAGCCAAAGGACACUGAGUCGAGUAGAAUUGAAAAGAUUGUGUGAAAUCUUCACACGAAUGUUUGCUGACCCACAUAGUAAGAUUGCUGAUUCAGAACCAGAAUGUGAGGAUAAAGAAGGAAAUUUCUUUCCAUCAGAAGGCUGUUGUACAAGAGUUUUCAGUAUGUUUUUGGAGACUCUUGUUGAUUUUAUAAUAAUUCAUAAGGAUGACUUGCAGGACUGGCUUUUUGUUCUACUCACACAAUUACUUAAGAAAAUGGGGGCAGAUUUACUUGGAUCUGUGCAAGCAAAAGUCCAGAAGGCUCUAGAUGUCACAAGGGACUCCUUUCCAUUUGAUCAGCAAUUUAAUAUUUUGAUGAGGUUUAUUGUGGAUCAAACUCAGACUCCUAACCUCAAGGUCAAAGUCGCAAUCCUGAAGUACAUUGAGUCUCUUGCCAGGCAAAUGGAUCCAACUGAUUUUAUAAACUCUAGUGAGACCAGACUUGCUGUUUCUAGAAUUAUAACCUGGACAACAGAACCAAAGAGUUCAGAUGUGAGAAAGGCAGCACAAAUUGUGCUAAUUUCGCUGUUUGAAUUGAACACUCCUGAAUUUACCAUGUUACUUGGUGCCUUGCCGAAAACAUUCCAGGAUGGUGCCACCAAACUCCUGCAUAACCACCUCAAGAAUUCCAGUAACACCAGUGUGGGCUCUCCGAGCAAUACAAUUGGCCGGACUCCCUCCCGACACACCAGCAGUAGGACCAGCCCCCUGACCUCGCCCACCAACUGCUCCCAUGGGGGCCUGUCUCCAAGCAUGCUGGACUAUGAUACAGAGAACUUGAACUCUGAAGAAAUCUAUAGUUCUUUGCGUGGAGUAACAGAAGCCAUCGAAAAGUUUAGUUUUCGAAGCCAAGAGGAUCUCAAUGAGCCAAUUAAACGAGAUGGCAAGAAGGACUGUGAUAUAGUAUCCCGGGAUGGUGGAGUUGCCUCCCCUGCCACUGAAGGCCGGGGAGGCAGUGAUGUGGUGGAAGGAAGCAGAACUGCUCUGGAUAACAAGACCUCCCUCCUCAACACCCAGCCUCCGCGCACCUUCCCAGGGCCACGGGUGCGAGACUACAAUUUGUAUCCAUACUCAGAUACCAUCAACACCUAUGAUAAGACAGCCCUGAAGGAGGCCGUGUUUGAUGAUGACAUGGAGCAGCUCCGAGAUGUGCCCAUUGACCAUUCUGACCUGGUGGCCGACCUUCUGAAAGAGCUAUCCAACCACAACGAGCGAGUGGAAGAACGGAAAGGUGCCCUCCUGGAGCUGCUCAAGAUCACCCGGGAAGACAGCCUGGGCGUCUGGGAAGAGCACUUCAAGACCAUUCUGCUCUUGCUGUUGGAGACGCUUGGAGACAAAGAUCAUUCCAUUCGAGCACUAGCAUUGAGAGUUUUGCGGGAAAUCCUGAGAAACCAGCCAGCAAGAUUUAAAAACUACGCAGAGCUGACCAUCAUGAAGACUCUGGAAGCCCACAAAGACUCACACAAAGAGGUAGUGAGAGCUGCUGAGGAAGCUGCGUCCACCUUGGCAAGUUCCAUCCACCCGGAACAGUGCAUUAAGGUGCUCUGCCCCAUCAUCCAAACAGCCGACUACCCCAUCAACCUUGCUGCAAUCAAGAUGCAGACAAGAGUCGUUGAGAGGAUCUCCCGGGAAUCCUUGCUGCAGCUCCUUGCUGACAUCAUCCCGGGCUUGCUGCAGGGCUAUGACAACACUGAGAGCAGUGUGCGGAAGGCCAGUGUGUUUUGCUUAGUGGCAAUUUAUUCCGUAAUUGGAGAAGAGCUAAAACCUCACCUUGCACAGCUCACAGGGAGCAAGAUGAAGCUACUAAACUUAUAUAUAAAGAGGGCCCAGACCACGAACAGCAACAGCAGCUCCUCCUCCGAUGUCUCCACACACAGCUAGUGGCAACGCCAGAGUCCCUGUAGCCGUAGAACAAUCGGUGGUGCCUCUCAGAGACCUUUCCCCACCCUCCCCUUCCUAGGCUGCCUGGGCGGGACAAAGAGGCCCGCAAAUAUUUAUUACAAUCAGUAUUUUGGUCCCUUCCACCUUUUGUGUAUAAUCUUACUGGUAUUGAAUGUAAAGGAAGCAAGGCCUAUUGUACAGUCUUCAACGAAACAAAAGGAAUAAGAAAUGAAGAGCCAUACAUGUCUUCUACAGCCUAGUGAGAUCAUAAAACCAUGAGUGUGGGUGCAGUUUUUAAGAGUCAGAGAGCCCUCUGGCCAAUGCUUAAUUGGAAGUACUGUUUUCUCUUCAGUGAACAGAGUUGAGAGUGUGUUGAUUCAUGUUUCUCUGUCAUCUUAGCCUGCUUGGUUCUGGAUAUAGCCUGUGUAGGGCAGAUGACCCCCCCCCCCCCCCCCCACUCAAUCAUAGCUUGACACCAUGAAAGGGUUGGUUGUAUGUCUUUAAAUUGUAUUUCAAGGCCUACUAGGAAUAUGAGUCACAUCUUGGCAAGAAAUGGAGAAAAGCCUGAAAAUGGCCUUUUAACAAACCUGGAAUUUUGCUUAUACUAUCAAGACUAAAGGCUGACUGCCCUCACUUUAGUUUAUUAAAAGGGCAUCCCCACCAUCUGCUUCCAGGUCAGGCUCCCAGCCCCUCUGAACGGUUCUGGGACACUGUCCUCACCACAGAGCUCCUACCCAAAAGACUUCUUCAAGUUUAUAUCCAAACACAAAAAUCACAGGAUACUAGUAGCAUCAGUUAGUGGAUACCUCAAAUUGCAUUUCAUGAAGCAUAGAAGAUAUGAGAAGUAGUUCAUUUUACUACCAAGGUCUUAGGGAAACAUAGUUUUACAGGGCUCCUCUCACGACUCUGGAUCCUGGUCUUCCUGACUUGGCUUCUUUCCUCUCUCCAGCCUUUGCCUAUUAAGCUGCUCAAUUCUAAAAUGUUUUCAUUUAAUCUGGUAAAUGGCAACUAUAAAACCAUCUCAGUUUUCACUUCUGUAUUUCAUUUGGGACUAAGGUCAGAGAAAAGUCUAGAGAGACCAGGUAUCAGCAUUAUUAUUACUUUUUUUAUGUACUGAAAUACUUCCUUGAUCAUCUGUUGAAAUAAUCAUUGUUUAAGGAAAAAGUAAUUAUGGUGAGUGACAAAUUGCUGAAAAACAGGCUCUGAAAUUCAAUUUUAGGGUUUCCUUUUCUUCAGUAACUACCCAUUUUUAAAAGUUUUGUGAGGGUAUAUUGCUUCAAAUUAUUAAUUUAAAGUCUGGUUAAAUAAGUCUGGAGUAAAAUUCUUAAAGCCAAAUGGAAAUUCCUGUUGCAAUCAUGAAGAUUUGUGUCUUUUGCUAUUCUAUUUCAGAACCUCUAAAUUGAACUGAUUUUUACAUAAAGAAAAUGCCUGUUCUGGUAUUGAUUUUUGAUGAAUCAUUUGCUAUUUCAUUGCAGACAGAGUCCCUUCAUCUGCCAGGAGUGAGAAGCAGAGAUUUGUAUGGUUCUCACCUCUGACCUCCACAGGCACCCCUCCCUCUUCUCUUCUCUGACCCUCCAUAGGUGAUAUGGGAAGUUAUGAAAGACAAUAUAGAGAACAUAACUCAUUUUCAUUCAUAUCUUAUUUUAGAUACUUUAUUUGGAAAUAGGCACUGAAAAUGAAGGUCUAGGAACAGUGAAGCCAGGGUUCCUUCACAGUGGGGAAGUGGGGGUAUCUCGCACUUAUAGGGAGUACCAUAGUUGAAUAUGACUGGCUUAUGUUUGGCUCGGAACACAGCAGGACCAGGCCUUACUUUCAUUGAUAAAUACUGUUUGUUAAUAUUUCACUAACAGGACUUUUUUUACACUCUGCAAGUGAGUCAGAGCAGAGCAUCUUUUCAUUACUCUGUUGUACAAAUGUUGAUUCUGGCUAGGUUAUUCAUGAGUUCUUUUAUGCCUAAUGCACUCGGAAAGACUUUUCUCCUUCGACUCUUUGACUCAGAGGUCACCAUAGCACCUGCCUGUAGUUGGGAAGAAUCUUGAAUAUUGUCAGAUGUCCUUGUAGUACUCACAAAGGGCUCACCUUGAAUGUCACCUGCCUGAUCUUCAAUCCCCUGACUACAGUCACUCACAGGUCUCCCGGCCUCAAUCAAACUGCUGCCUGCCACUAAGGAGAUUCGCAUGCUGCUACCACCUCACAGGGAGAGGCUGUGCCCACCCGCCUUGGAAUCCUGACAGCUGCAGCUCCCUGGCCGCUUCCCUGCAGGGCUCCUGUCCACGUGAGACAACAGGACACAAAAAGCAAAGUACUCAAAGCUGGGUUUGCCUCCCCUAUUCACCUGAUGUCCAGGGCCCACAGAAACCCACCUGAACCCACCACUGGGGCCAGAUGGUCUGGCUCCUGCUCUCCUUCAAACUGCUGCUCUCCCUUGAAGCCAUGGUGUGUUCCACAGGCUGAGGGCAAGGGCACGCCAGCAGUCCUCAGCAGACCACGUGCUCCCGGACCUAGUACCCAUCACUUGCUCACCAAUUCCCUGCGUAGGUAAUGCAGUGGACUUCUGUCAUCUUUUUUUUCCCUGCUGCCCUUUAUUUAUCAAGCAUAAUACACAUCAAAGAACAGCAAAUAAAAACUUUGUAGAUCCCACAGGAUUUUGCUAACAAUGAUAUUUGGAAAUGGAAAAAGAAAUGCUCUGAAAAAUAUCAGCCACCAAAACAGUUUUGUCAGCACUAUGUUUACACGCAUGGUCCCCAUACCCCAGGUUGGAUCUUUGUUUUGGGGUUGGGUUUUUUUUUCCCCAUUUGUUUUUUGUUUUGGGGGUUUGUUUUUUGUGGGGGGGGGUGUUUUUUCUGUUACAUCCAUAUCUGUAUUUAUAUCUUAUUUGUUUCACUUUCAAGUGUAUCAUGGCAAAUGUACAGAUUUUUUUGUUAAUAAUGUGCUAGGAUUUGCUAAAAAAAAAUCCACCCUUUUGAGUUUGCCCUAGGAUAAAUAAAACUUAAUUCAGUUU